AAUAAUUGAAGUUAAGAAAAUCAUUAUAAUAAUUGAAGUUGAGAAACCAAUAAGAUAAUUGAAUUUAAAAAGAUAAAAUAAUUAAAGUUGAGAUACUCGAGAAAAUAAUUGAGGUUCAGAAACCAAUGAGAUAAUUAGAGUUGGAAAAAAAAGUAAAAAAUAAUUGACAAAAUCUCUGAAAUUGAGAUAAUCGAGAAAAUAAUGCAGUUAUAGACAGUCUGUAAAGUUGAGAAAAAAUAAUUGAGGUCUUCUGACAUAUCUACAACACUAAAAUUGAGAAAAUCGAGAAAUCUAUCCACAAAAUCUAUCCACUUAAAAUCUAUCCAUAUAUUUAUCCACUAAAAAUCUAUCAACAAAACAUGUCCACAAAAUAUCUAUCUACAAUAUCUACUGGCAUGUUAAAAUCUAUCUACAAAAUUUUAUAAAUACUAGUUGUACAUGAUGUUAUCAUUCAUUCCUCCUGUUUACUUAUAACAAUAAAGUCUUUCAAUUUACUAUGAAUCCACGUUUUCCCUUCAAUUAUGGAAUCAAUCCUGAGUAUAGCUCUCAACCACCACCACAAAACGAGUCUCAAACAUUUCCUCAACAAUUUUCAUACAAUCCUUACAAUUUCAAUACACAAUCACAACCAUUUUCACAAUUUUCCUAUAAUCCUUUCGUCUAUGCGGGGCCAUCUCAAAUACCAAAUCAAGAGCAAUCACAAAGUACAAGCAAAUCAGGUAAAAAGACCAAGGCUCUGGGGCGAAAUAAAAACUGGAAUAUGGAAGAAGAUGAAGCAUUGUGCAAGGCCUGGUUACGUGUUUCAGAAGAUGCAAUAGUUAGUACUGACCAACAAAGAGGUAGGUUGUGGGAGAGAAUUAGAGUUGAAUUUAUAUCUAUUUUAGAAUAUGAUCCAGGUAGAAAUGCGUCAGGGCUAGCGCACCGAUGGAAAAUCAUUCAACAUUGUGUAAGCAAAUUUUCUGGGUAUGUUCGUACGAUUGAGAGAGCUCAACGUAGUGGAAACAAUGCAGAAGAUAAUAUGAUUGCAUCAAAACAACUAUACAAUGACAAAGAAGAGCAUCAAUUCAAAUAUGACUCUUGUUGGAUGAUUUUGAAAGACACUUCCAAAUGGUAUAAUUAUACCAUUGAGCAGAAGGGAAAACAGAAAAAAACUUCCCAAAAAAAAAGGGUUGAAAUUGAUUUGGAUGAUGAUGAAAUUGAAGAUUCAUCAAAUACACAACCUCCAUCAUCUGAUCAAUCAGCCCCAGCUACGACUCCAACUUCAACCGGCCAUGAAAUUGAUGACGGGGUAUCUAAUGAUGGCGCACAUGGACUACCACGUCAUCAUGGUCGCAAAACUGCAAAAAAUGCUAGAAGAAAGAAAAAUCUCGAUUCCAUCGAUUUAUUUGUAGAGGAGUUUUCUAAUAUGAGAAAAGAACAAUCAAGUCGCUUUGAAGAGGAGGGCAUUAGGAGAAAUGCAAUCGAACAACAGAAAUUACAAGCUAAAAUAGAAACAAAGAGAAUGGAAAUUGCAGCUAAACAAGAACAUCAACAAAAACAACGCGAGCAAGAAAUAAUGUUGAUGGAUCCUCAAUCGGCACCUACAGAGGAAGGUAAAGCUUGGAUUAUUGAACAACAAAUAGAGAUCUUAAGCCGUAUUAGAAAAAAUAAAAACUAAUUUUAUAAUGUCUUUUUCUUUAAUCUAUUUAUGUCUAGAGUUGGAGGAAUGUUCUAACAAGCUUGUUCAAUUUACUGCAAUCUAUUAUGUAUUUUUGUUAAUUUUAUUUCAUUUAUGUUUGU